AUGGAGGGACCCAUCCCCGGCCGGGACACCACACCGACCAACGCAGAGCCCUCCAACGCCAUCAAACUGCUGCACCUGGUUUUCCUCUCCACCUCCUGGGGAAUGCAGGUCUGGGUGACCUUCGUGGCUGGGUUCGUGAUGAGCAGCCGCCUCCCUCGCCACACCUUCGGCUUCAUCCCGCGCGAGCUCUUCCCCUCCUACUUCCACAUCAUCGUCCUCUUUGUCUGCGUCGCUGCCUCUGUGCUGAACACGCAGUGGUUCGGGAAGGUCACCGCCGACCUCGUGGCAGACGUGCACCUCAUCGAGCGCAGGCACGGCCUCGGCCAGGAGCGCAGAGAUUUAGGAACAGCGCAGCGGAAAUUCUUUCUUUAG